AUGGGUAUCGACAAUGACCUUUUCUUGUGGAAUCCACUGACUAGUUAUUUCAAGAAUGUAUUUCAUUAUGACAGAUACUACUUCGCUUACUUCCAUAUUGUUUCCGGACUCUGCUAUGAUUCUUCCACUGAUGAUUACAAGGUUGUUAUGGUCCUUAACGAAUACAGUCACUCUCCAGAAUAUGCUUCUAAAAAUGUGGUCGUUGGUAGUUUCAAAACCAAAAGCUGGACAGAAGUUGACUGUUCCUCCUAUAUUAUUAGGUCGUUUAGUUCAGGGCCUACAGUAAAUGAACAUCUGCUUUGGUAUGUUUCUGAGGUAGAGAAAUCCAAGUAUUCUCAAAUCGUUUACUUCAAUACCCAGAUGGGUACUUUCAAAAAAGUACCGAUGCCACAUGCUAAGCAAAGUGAUGGAGAUGUCGUUUAUGGUUUGGGAGUUCUGGAUGAAUGCCUUUGUAUGUCUCGGUCAGAAAAUCCGAGCGACGGUGAAUGCAACAAAAUUGAGGUACUGGUGAUGAAAGAGUACGGCAUGGCAAAUUCCUGGACUCUUAUGUUCAUCAUAUCAGAUUUGAGGCCGUUUGGUUAUACCAGGAAAGGCGAAGCUUUGGCUUUAAAGGCACCUGCUUUGGCUUUAAAGACACUUCCUCGUGGUGAUGAUAGUAAGGAUAUUUGGCACAUAAGCGUGUACAAUCCAAUUAACAAUUCAACUAGGGAUAUUCCUAUUCCGACUCCAAUGCGAACUCAUUUUUCCAUCAUCGAUUUAAUUAUAUACGAGGAAAGUGUGGUUAAACCUACCGAUUACAAUUGGGAAGAUGAAGAGCUAAGAGGAGAAGCAACAUAUGUGGAGUAUUUCCUGAACGGAUCCCAUCGGAAAACGAAAAUGGAAAGACACACUUAUUGA